ACUGUCUUGCCUGUUGCCUCUGCGGCUUUGCCUGCGCUCACGGACGGUCACUGGCUCACGCUCCCCUCGCCUGCGUCGCCUCGCCUAGACAAGAGACAAGACGCCUAGUCGCCUCCGAUCGAAAUCGAAUCGAGUCGGGUGGGCUCGGGCCCGGUCUUGUUGUCUUGUCUCCCAGCUAGGAAUAGCGCAACGAGAUCCCUCGCGCGCGCGGACCCCGGAGAGGCCGAGGGAGGGUGACAGGGCGUGUCCUCGACCGCGAGGGGAAUGGGAUCGGAGGGACGGGCCUGGAACGGCGCGGGCAUGGCCGCCGGCAGCGGCUAUGGCGGCGGGGUAGAGGCGAAAGCGACCACCACGGCUGUGUCGGCCGCGGCCCCCGCGGAGGUUCCCACGUCGGCGGCCUCCGUCGACAUCUCGCUGCCGCUCCUGAAGAUGUCGCCUCGCAUCAUAGCUCUCUGCAAGGAAUUGGUCGAAGGGUGGUCGUCGAUUGACAGCUCGCUCUUCUCCAUCGAGACCGUGUCCGGGGGCAUCACGAAUCUAUUGCUGAAGGUUUCUGUCAAAGAAGACAACGGCAAUGAGUCUUCUGUUACUGUUCGGUUGUAUGGACCAAAUACGGACUUGGUGAUUGAUAGGAAAAGGGAAUUGCAGGCGAUACCAUAUCUCUCAGCUGCAGGGUUCGGGGCUCGGCUACUUGGAAUAUUUGAGAAUGGAGUAGUUCAGUCAUUCAUCUAUGCUCGAACACUGUCACCAGCAGACAUGAAAGAACCUAAAAUAGCAGCUGAAAUUGCCAAGGAGCUACGCAAAUUCCAUCAAGUAGACAUACCAGGGUCUAAAGAACCACAAUUGUGGAAUGAUAUAUUCAAGUUUUUGAAGAAAGCUGCAGCAUUGAAGUUUGAGGAUAACAUGAAGCAGAAGAGAUAUGAAAAGAUCUCAUUUAGAGAAAUACAAGAUGAAGUUCAAGAACUUAAGGAUCUCUUGGACAUUCUGCGCGCGCCUGUGGUUUAUGCACACAAUGACUUGCUUUCAGGAAAUCUGAUGCUCAAUGAUUUGGAAGCUAUGUACUUGUUGUUUCCUCUGUCAGGGAAGCUAUAUUUUAUUGAUUUUGAGUAUGGGUCAUACAGCUACCGUGGCUAUGACAUUGCAAAUCAUUUCAAUGAGUAUGCAGGAUUUGAUUGUGACUAUAAUUUGUACCCAGAUAAAGAUGCCCAGUAUCACUUCUUCAGGAAUUAUCUACACACUGAUAGACCUAGUGAGGUGGAUGCACAAGAUAUGGAAGUACUUUAUGUGGAAACAAACACUUUCAGACUAGCAUCGCACAUUUACUGGGCAUUAUGGGCCCUUAUUCAGCACUUGAAUGCAGGCAAAGGUAUCCCCAAUUGACUUUGACUAUCUUGGAUACUUCUUCUUGCGGUAUGGUGAGUACAAGAAACAAAGGGAGUCCUGCUUCUCCUUGGCACAAAGCUUUCUCUCCGAGCUAAAAAAUGGCUAGAGCCUGAGAAUCUGUUCACGAGUUUAUACUGGUGUACGCAUGCUCGGAGCGGGUACGCGUUGUGAUCAUCGACUGCUACCCAGAAACUCUAUUAUAGCGGUUGUAGCAGCCCCUCAUUGUUGUAUCUGAUGUUAGGUUCAUCAUUGUCUAAGGACUAGUUUGGAUACUCUAGUAUCGAGCUCAAUUCAUGUGUAUGAGAUGGAUUCGGGUGUAACUUAAACUAAUUUACACACUAAUCCAACUCAACACAUGUGGAUUGGGGUCAAUACUAAAUUACCCAAACAAAGCCUAACAGGGAAGUCACCAGUGGCAAAUUAUGUACUUAUAUUUAUAAUAAUAAACACAAUCCUGAUGGGUUGUGCCCUGUUGAAUUUGUUCUUCGAUUAA